UAAUCACUAAAAAAAAAGUAACGCUGUUCAUCACUAGAUAAAAUUAGGGCCACAAAGGUUGCAAACAUAUUUAUUAAAUUGGAAUUAAAUUAAGUGCACGGCGACCAGGCCUUCGAGAUAAAACGCGCCACGCGCUCUGACCUGUGCCGACUCCACUUUGGUAACGCUCGCCGCAAAAAUUGCCUGUUGGGCGCUGUUCUGAGAAGCGGGAAAGGAUAAGGAUGGCGGAGAACGGAAUUGCAAAUCCGAACAGUGCUGGCACCAGCAACGGCGACCACGAGAGUGAACACAAUGUGGUAACGGUAAUAGAUAAUGAGAAGGGCAAGGCUCAACCGUCGGCCCAGAAAUAUAUGCAGGAACUGAUGAGCGAACGGUCGCGCAUGGAGAACCAAUUUCCGUUGGCAGUGAAACUAAUUGACGAAGCUUUGGAGCGAGUGCAGUUGAACGGGCGCAUACCAACGAGAGACCAAUACGCCGAUGUGUAUCAGCAGCGAACAAUCAAAUUGUCGCAGAAGGUGCACGUGCCUAUUAAGGAUAAGAAGUUUAACUAUGUGGGCAAACUGCUGGGCCCCAAGGGCAAUUCGCUGCGUCGCCUGCAAGAGGAGACGCAAUGCAAGAUUGUCAUACUCGGUCGCUUCUCGAUGAAGGAUCGUGCACGCGAGGAGGAGCUGCGCAAUUCUGCGGAUGCUAAAUAUGCCCACCUGAAUCUACCGCUCCAUGUCGAAGUGUCCACCAUUGCGCCACCAGCCGAGGCCUACGCACGCGUUGCCUACGCGCUUGCCGAAAUAAGGCGUUACCUCAUACCCGAUAAGCACGAUGAUAUACGCCAGGAGCAGUAUCGCGAGCUCAUGGAGGACCCUGAGGCGGCCAAGAAGCUAACACUGCGCCAAAUUCAACAGCAGCAGCAACAACAACAACAACAGCAGCAGCAGCAGCAACCGUCAUCAGCGGUUGCCGUUGUUGCUGGUAUUAGUGGCAAUGUCAAUCAACGCGUCGGCGGCAACUACAGACAAAAGUUUCAACAGCAAUCGCACUGUCAUCACAACGACGAGACUGUCUACUAUCGUUCACAUAAUAACGCCUACCACCAGCCAAAACCCUAUGUGCCAGCUGCCCAGCGAGGCAAUGCCAUGCAUUCGACCUUGCCGCCCCAAGCCAUAGUGCGCACUUCGGUAGUGAGUGCGGCUAGUUUUAAUGGACGCAACGCAGGUUUGGGCAAUGCUGGCGGCGGCAUUAUGACCAACAGCAUUGUGGCUGCCACAGGUGGCGGUCUGGGUGCUGGAGUGCCUCCAAUACGGCACUAUCGUCCUGCUGCUCCCUAUCAGUUUGUCAAGAAAUAAUACAGAAGCAAUGAACUGCCUGCCGUUAGCUGUUUGUUCACCAUACUGUCCUCAUUAUCAGCUGCAUGCCCCGCCUAGCAUAUGCAUGCAACGCUACACUUACACACAUACACAGAACACACACACACUGCUCCAAAGGUAGAUGUAAUAAUUAUAAAUACACAAGAAAAAAAUUUUCACACAUUUGACUUUGAGAAAUCUACGCAAGUGUAAACAACACGCAAAAAGAAAAACCAAAAGAAAACAAUUGAAAUGAAAUGAUUAGUAUACGUUUAAGAAACUAGCCUAAGUAGACGAAUGCUCCAAAAGAACACUAACACACUGACAGAUAGACACACACACACACCUCCACACAUACAUACAUACAUACAUACAUAAAAACA